GUAUAGCAGUAGUCAUAUGAAAAUAAAAUAGAUAAAUAAAAAGAAAAGAAAAAAGAAAGAAAGAUCUACAAUAAUUGCUUAUUACUACUUGGCACUGAAAUUAAAUAGUGAGCUUUAUUUAUUUAUUUUUUAUUUUUUUUUCCCUUUCUCUCUCCUUCUCUUUCUCACUCUCACUCUCUCACUCUCUCACUCAAUUCCCCCUUUUUUUUCAUUUUUAUUAUAAAUGAUGGAAACAAAGGUUGUAAUAGUCAAGUUAGGUGGUGCAGCUAUUACAAAUAAAAAGGGAUUAUGUGAAUUAGGACCAGAGAAUGAAGUAUCUAGUUUGUUAGACAAAGUAGCUCAUGCCUAUCAAAUUUUGAAAGCAGCAGGACAUCAACUUAUUUUAAUACAUGGUGCAGGUAGUUUUGGUCAUCCUCAAGCUAUUCAAUAUAAACUCAAAUUAGGCUGGCAAGAGGAGAGUAAGAAGGAAGAUGAAAGGAGAUAUUUUACAAUCAUAAAUGGCUUCUCACAUAUUCGUUCUUGUUUACAAUUACUGAAUUAUAACAUGAUUAGUCAGCUUGAAUCAAGACAUGUCCCUGUCUUAUCUUUACCACCUAUUCAUUAUGUUGAAACAAAGAAUUGUGAAGAAAGUGAGACAAAGGAAUUCAUCAAGAUGGCCAGCCAAGUUCAAAGAUAUUUAAACUUGGGAUUUGUACCUGUUUUACAUGGAGAUGCUGUCCUUGAUGAUGUUCGAGGAUGUACUAUUCUAUCGGGUGAUAUCAUGAUGUAUCAAUUAACCAAAUUAAUAUCAAAUGUAUGUCGAUGUAUCUUUAUAACAGACGUCUAUGGUCUUUAUCCAGCUGAUCCAAAGCAGACGUUUAUGAAUGAUAAAAAUGACUUGAUCCAUUCUAUACAAGUCGAUAUAGAAGAAGCUGAACAUGAAAUGAUACAACAAGAUGAUGAAACGACAUAUGAUGUAACAGGUGGUAUGAAAGGAAAAGUAAAAUGGGCAAAGAAAAUAGUAUGGAUUCGACAAGAUUUAGAUGUGAUUUUAGGUAGAUGGGAUACAGUAGAUGUAUUCGAUAUGAUGACAUUAAAGAGUUCAAAAGAUGAGAAAAGAAGAUGUAUGACUGUCUUUACAAGGAAAUAAUUCAUUCUAUUUAUUAUUAAUUUAAACUUGUCAAAUAAGCUUGAAUUAUACUUUUCAUAGUUCCCAUUUCAUGUUCUUUACUGUAAAUAUCUAAUAAACGUUCUACUGCUAAAGCGUGUAAAUCAGAUACAUGAUUCACUUCAUUGGAUGAUACUAAUUUACUUGCACACUAUUAAAAUAGUUAGUAUAAAGGAAAAUAGGGAAUUUUUUUUUUGGGUUAAUUCAAUGUAUAAACAUUAGAUGUAUCAUUAUCAUUACCAAUUGUAAUCCAUAAAGCGCUC